AUGUUACAGGACACCGUUUUAUUUUUUCCGGUAGAAAUAUUGCUAACUUCAAUUGUUAAUCUAUACCUAAAUAGUUCCUAUUGUUUGACUAUAGUAUCCGAAAAAUCUCUUGAUUUGUCUAUCAGUAACAGCUUUACCUCGAUGGUACCAGAAGAUGGAGAUUUAUUGGUAAAUCAGUUGUUGCAAGUCUCGGAAAUGGGCUGCUCGGAUUAUAUUGUAAAAAUGCGAGAUCCGGCAAGAUUCAUGGCUGCAUUCGAAAGAGUCAAUCAUUUAGGAAAUGUGAGACGUAGCGAUCGUAAAGUAGUGUUUUUGCCUUACGAAGAUAAUAAUAUUACAAGAACAGAUUUGCUCCAACUUCUUACGUUGAAAGAAACAAGUUUUUUGGCAAACAUAUUGCUUAUUUUGCCUUCACCCGAGUCCGGAUUGUGCAGUAUCUACGAUUUAGCUACACAUAAAUAUACAGGGCCGGAUGAUCAAGUCGAUCAACCUUAUUAUAUGGAUCGUUGGAAUUCUUGUUCUUUGAAAUUUGAAAAAGAUGCUAAUUUAUUUCCACACGACAUGACCAAUUUGCAUGGGAAGACCGUAAAAGUUGCAUGUUUCACUUAUAAGCCUUAUGCUCUACUUGAUCUAGAUCCUCUUGAGGAACCUCUAGGUCGUGAUGGCACUGAAGUCAGAAUCGUCGAUGAAUUUUGCAGAUGGAUUAACUGUACCAUCGAAGUCGUACGUGAUGAUGAACAUGAAUGGGGUGAGCUGUAUGACAAUCAGACCGGGGUCGGUGUUCUGGGAAAUGUAGUGAAAGACCGAGCUGAUCUUGGAAUAACUGCGUUAUACUCCUGGUAUGAAGAAUAUCUAGAACUAGAUUUUUCAGGAUCUGGAAUAAGAACUGCGAUUACUUGUGUAGCACCUUCACCAAGAUUGCUGGCCAGUUGGGAAAUGCCUCUUCUCCCAUUCAGUUGGUACAUGUGGAUGGCUCUGGGUUUCACCUUUGUUUAUGCCAGCUUUGCCCUUGCUAUCGCGAAGGGAUGCUCAACUGAUAAAGUAUUUUUGGCUACAUUUGGGAUGAUGGUAACACAAUCUCAGGCUGAUGUAGGCGCCACAUGGCGUGUUCGUAGCAUCACCGGUUGGAUGCUAUUGACUGGGCUGGUCCUCGACAAUGCAUACGGAGGCGGCCUGGCUUCAGUAUUUACUGUGCCUAAAUAUGAAAAGUCCAUAGACACCGUCCAGGAUAUAGUAGACAGAGGGAUGGAAUGGGGAGCUACCCAUGAUGCUUGGGUGUUUUCACUGACUCUGUCGCCUGAGCCAUUAGUAAAGCAGCUAGUAAGUCUAUUCCGAGUGUCGUCGGCCGAAGAUAUGAAAAUAAAAAGUAUGCAGAGGAGUAUGGCUUUUUCGGUGGAACGAUUACCAGCAGGAUAUUUCGCAGUAGGUGAUUACAUAACAAAGGACGCAAUGCUCGGUCUGACGCUGAUGCAGGAGGACUUUUACUACGAGCAAUGUGUGGUGAUGAUGCGCAAGAGUUCGCCUUACACACAGAAAGUCAGCAAGCUUAUUGGACGGUUGCAUGAGUCUGGAUUGAUGUUAGCCUGGGAAACGCAGGUCGCACUAAAAUACCUAAACUAUGAAGUACAACUUGAAGUGCGACUGUCACGAUUCCACAAGGAUGUGGAUAAUGUCGAGCCGCUUAAACUCCGCCAUGUUGUGGGAGUUUUCAUCAUAUACAUUAUUGGAGUGAUAAUUUCUACGAUGUUAUUUAUUUUGGAAAUAAUCCAUAAACACAAAAAACGCGUUUAAAAAUGUUGUUGAUAAAAUAAUUCAACUUUUCGUAGU